AUGGGGACCCUUUCCACUUGCAAGCUGGAUGUGAAUACCACACUCCCGCUGGUGUGCAUAUGCACGCUACUCUCCUUCCUGUGCGGCGUCGGCAUAGGCGCGAACGACCUUUCCGCCAACUUUGCGAUGGUGGUGGGCAGUGGCUCUCUCAACAUGAAGCAGGCGAUCAUCUACUGCACCGUGUUCGAGCUACUGGGCGCUGCCUUCAUGGGCGGUCAUGUGAGUAAAACCAUCCGUAGCGGCAUCGUUGACCCGGUGCUGUUUUCGCAAAACAAGGAUGUUGUGGUGAUCGGCAUGACGUGUGCCAGCUUCGCCUCGGCGCUGUGGCUGUACUUGUCGGCGGUGUUCGGUCUGCCGGUGUCCAUCACCCACACAGUUGUCGGGUCGAUUCUCGGCUUUGCACUCUUCGCCACGGGCGGGCUCACGUACGUCAAACCGAGCGGGGUGGUCGCGGUGGUGAUUUCAUGGCUCGCGGCACCGAUAGCUGCGUGCGGCGUGACAGCGCUUUUGUUUUACUUCAUGCGGCGCGACAUCUUCAAGGUGAGGGGGCGCUCCUUUGAGCUGGCCCGGGCCGUCCUGCCGCACUGCCUGCUCGCAUCCCUGCUGGUGGACUUCUUCUUCAUUGUCCUUGAGCAGCCGCCGAUCAUGUCGCAGACGCUUGCUCAGAACGUCCCGCUUCACGUACAGUACGCCAUUCUGCUUGCUCUCAUACUCCUCUUCUGCUGGGUGGCGCAGGUGUGGGUGUUCCCGCAGGUGGCGGCGGCCGCGAUGAGUGCGCGGUCAUUUGUGUGGGAAAGCGAGGCGCUGCGCACGGAGCCGGUGAGCAUGGAGGACGGCUUGGCACUAGGUGACCUGAAAGACCUGUCUUUCUUCAAGUCACGAGGCGACGUGAGUGCGACGGCGCCCGUCUCGGCAGGAAGGCAGCCCCCGCGACCUCACCACCGGCACCAGCCGCCAGCUGGUGCGACGGACACGGCGCCAGUGGCCGUGCCGGCAGCUGUGGCGCUGCCGCCGCCCUCGCUGCCAGACGACCCUGCUCCUGUGUGCACCCUUGACUCCCUCUCGCUCGACCGUCGCAACGACGGCGCUGCAGAUCACGACAGCUCUGAGAGCAGCUUCACUUAUGGCUGCCCGACGCACUCCCGCUCCCCCACGCCGACGCCGCUGCACCAGAACGCCUCACUUGUGCUCUCCUCCAUCUCCGCCUCGGACAGCCCCUUUGUACGGAAGGGAGGCAUGGUGCGUCUGGCACCCGUGCACACUCGCGGGCACUCGCCCACAUUGCAGCCGCACACCGAGUCAUUCGCCACAGCCGCGGCGCCUAUCCAGCAUGGCGCCAAGGAUGCCCAUCAUUUUCUCGGAUGCCACGUCGCCUCGUCUGAUCGCGAACGCCACGAGGCACAGCAGGUGCAGUCGGCGGGUGUGACGACGUACGGCAGCACGGAGAGCAAGAAGCCGGCAUUGGUGACUUGCAGGGGGGAACGGGGGCUAGUGCAGAUUCCGUACUCCCCCGCAUUGGUGCAGAGCGAGGACGAGUUUGGCGAGGAGGACUGGGCCAUGGACCACCCAAUGCAGCCCAUUCGCUUUGGGGGUAUCCUCAUCAAGCCCUUCAACCCGCGCGCCGAGUACCUCUUCACUGGUCUGCAGGUGGUGGCGGGAAGCAUAUCCAGUUUUGUCCACGGCGCGGUGGCUGGCGCCAAUGCCACCUCGGCCUUCGUCAUCCUUUACGAUGCCUUCACGAACCACGAGUUGCAGGAACCUGGGCUCAGCUCGCAGUGGUCGAUGCUGCCGGCAAUGCUGGGCAUUGCUAUCGGCAUGUUCGGCCUCGGCGCGAGUCUCAUGAAGACGGUAGGAAUGGAGCUGGUAACCGUGACGCCGGCGCGAGGAUGGUGCAUCCAGAUCGGCGGCACCCUCGUCACGAUGGUGCUGACGGGCAUCGGCAUUCCCGUCUCACUCUCGCAGGCGCAGGUCGGCGCCGCGAUUGGCUGCGGUGUGCUGGACGCCAAGCUGGGCGGUGUGUCGUGGGGCAUCGUUGCGAAGGUCGUUACGGGGUGGGUCGUGACCCUUCUCAUUAGCGCCCUGACAACGGGCGUGUCGAUGUGGGUGGUGUCGUCGCUGCUCUGCACGUAA